GGCCCUGCAAUCCACAUCAUGGGCUGAUGGGCAUCCAUCCUCUGCUCCCUAGGAUACUGACCAUAUUCUAAUUCACCGAAAGCACCUGUCCAUCAAUUACAGUGUUAACUUUCUACUGCUCUUAACCUCCUUUUCACUUAUUCAUGUAUUUCUCCAUCUAGUAACACCCUCCUUCCUCUUCUGCAAGUUUCAAACACACUGGAGAAUAUGAAUUGCUUUAGAUCCCAUCGUCCCAAACACAGCUCCCCUACCAACUAUAGCAACUCUCUUGAAGAAGAAAACCCAGAAACCAGAAAGCCCAAGGAAGAACUGUUGUUGCAUAUCCCAGGAUGCACAAUUCAUCUCAUGGAUGAAGGAGAGACAGCUGAACUUGCAAAAGGAGAUUUCAUACUUGUCAGACUCAUUGAAGAAAACAUUUCCCUUGCCACAAUUGUCAAGGUUGGAGAUGAUCUACAAUGGCCUCUCACAAAAGAUGAGCCGGUGGUGAAGCUUGAUGGUCUCCACUAUCUCUUUUCUUUACCCAUCAAAGAUAGUGAUCCUCUGAGCUAUGGCGUGUCUUUCCCUGAAAAAUCGUAUACUGAACUGGGUUCACUGGAUAUAUUUCUGAAGGAGCAUUCAUGCUUUUCUAGCCAUUCUUCUACUCAGAAUGGACUAGAUUGGAGGGAAUUUGCUCCAAAGGUUGAAGAUUACAAUGGAAUCUUAGCAAAGGCAAUGGCAGGAGGGACUGGCCAAAUCGUGAAGGGCAUUUUCAGAUGUAGCAAUGCUUACACUAAAAAGGUACAAAAGGGAGGAGAAAUGAUUCUAAGUCAAGUUGAAGAGAAGAAUUGUGAACCUGCUGCUGUGGAAAAUAAGAGAACCAAAAGUGCUGGCAAGACAAAAAAUGGAGUAAAGAAAAGUCUUAAACGGGCAAGGAAGAUAUCGAAGAUGACUGAGAAGAUGAGUAAAUCUCUGCUAGAUGGGGUCGGGGUUGCCACUGGAUCCAUAGUGGCGCCUUUGGCUCAGUCCCAGGCCGGAAAGGCAUUCCUAGCUAUGGUUCCUGGAGAGGUCCUCUUGGCUUCACUUGAUUCUCUCAACAAGGUUAUGGAUGCAGUCGAAGUUGCUGAAAGACGAGCUUUCUCUGCCACAUCUGGUGCAGCAACCAGAAUGGUCACUCAGAGGUUCGGGGAAAGUGCAGGGGAGGUGACAGGAGAUGUCUUUGCAACUGCAGGGCACUGUGCUUGUACGGCUUGGAAUAUCUUUAAGAUACGAAAGGCAAUCAAUCCUGGACGUGCGUCCUCUGCCCCUUCAGCAAUACUGAAAAAUGCAGUAAAAAAGAGAAAAAAUUAACAUACUAGUCAACCUGAACAAACCCAACUGAUCAGUCAGACUGGGCAUCCAGAAUCACUAAACAAAUGUCUGAUGUCAAAGAUAGCCACAGAAUUCAAAAUAAUUUAUCCCAUGGAUCUUUGACUAGGGUAUUGCUCCAGAAAGGAAUUUCAUUGGUUUAAUUUAUAUUUUUCCUGAUAAUAGUAGGUUUUGCGUUUUUAAA